AUGUCAAAGUACCCAGACUACCUCUCACCAACGGCGACGCAAGGUCAAAAGUCGCGUGCACGACGCGAGCCAUCUGGAGUAUUCUCGCUGUUCCAAGCGCCGCAGGUACAGCAGUUCAAGGAAGCAUUUCAGUUGAUCGACCACGACAAAGACGGAUGGGUGAAUGAGAGUGAUUUGAAGGAGAUCUUUACGAGUCUAGGGAUCUCGCCUUCAAAGAGGAUGAUGGAUGAUCUUCUAAGUGCACGACCUGGAAGCCAUAACAAGUCAACCUCUUCCGAGGACGGACGAGGGAUCAACUUUACGAUGUUCCUGACGAUGAUGAGUGAGCGAUUGUUUGAGUUUGACACGGAGGCGGAGCUUGUAGAAGCGUUCGAGUCAUUUGACGAGGGUGACACGGGAGUUGUGAAAGUAGAAGAGAUGAAGAAGUGGUUGAGUGAGGUUGGAGAUAGAAUGGAGGUGCACGAGAUGGACAGAUUUCUCAAAGGACCGUUUACGGAUAGACAAGGGAACUUUAACUAUCGGGAGUGGGUCAAGGUUGUAAGAGUGAAUGGCGCGGAGUGA